AGUUGGCGGAGAAGACAAGGAGCGAGCUCUGUCAUGGCAGCACCUGCUAUGGGGACGACAAGAGCGGCUCACAAUGAUGUGAGCCAGAAGCGAAAGCGGGGACCGGGGGCACUCGCAACCGCGUAUUUGGUUAUAUAUAACGUUAUCAUGACAGCUGGGUGGCUGGUUAUUGCUGUGGGACUGGUGCGGGCAUAUCUUGCCAAAGGCAGCUAUCACGGCCUGUACUAUUCCAUAGAGAAGCCCCUCAAGUUCUUCCAAACUGGGGCACUCCUGGAGAUAUUACACUGUGCUGUUGGCAUCGUCCCAUCUUCAGUGGUCCUGACGGGAUUCCAGGUGAUGUCCCGAGUGUUUCUCACCUGGGCUGUGACACAUAGUGUGAGAGAGGUUCAGAAUGAAGACAGCGUCCUCCUGUUUGUGGUCGCUUGGACCAUAACCGAGAUCAUCCGCUACUCUUUCUACACCUUCAGUCUGCUCAAUCAUCUGCCAUACCUCAUUAAGUGGGCAAGGUACACCCUCUUCAUUGUGCUGUACCCCAUGGGUGUGACUGGGGAGCUGCUGACCAUCUAUGCAGCCCUGCCCUAUGUCCAGAAGACAGGCCUGUACUCUGUCACCCUGCCCAACAAAUACAACUUCUCCUUCGAUUACCACACCUUUCUCAUCCUGACCAUGGUCUCCUACAUCCCUCUCUUCCCCCAGCUGUAUUUCCACAUGAUGCGACAGAGAAAGAAAGUUUUGGGACACGUGGAGGAGUACAGCAAAGUGGAAUGAAGGCCCUGGAGCACGUAACACAAUGUAGACUAUUAUGGGGAACAAAGAUAACCUUUUAAACUUUUGCCUGACAAAUUAAAAAAAUUCUGCUCGCCAAAA